UACACUAUUUCUUAAUACUCUUCCAAGGCUAGAUAUAUUUUAUAUACAACGGGGAAAGAAUACUUGAAAGGGUCCUGUUGCUCUAAAUCCUCAGUCUGUUGGGAGAUCCUGUCCUGGUUACUAUUGUUUCAGAACAUACUGUUAAGGAUACUUGAGGUAGCAUAUACUUUGCACAAUCUUCACCCUUAUUUCUCCUACAUCAGCCCCACCUUUCCUCUUCUCAGGCUCGUUAUGAGGAGCUGUAUACAGCUGGCCUCCUGCACCGGGGGCUUCUACACACCUCUGCGAAGAUCUUCAGGCUACAGCCAAAGACAACGCGAGGCAGCCUUGCAUGGAGCGGGACUCUUGAGAGCAGGAAACAACCCCGUCGUGAGAGAAGAGGCCCGCAGAGAAAGGCCUCGGCCCUCCUGCAUCUGCAGGGCUGCAGCAGGGCCGGGGGCCGCUGCGACCCCUCCGCGCUCUCCCCUGCCUGCAGCUAGAGGCGGGUGCGUGGCAAAACCCCUGAGGAACGGCGACCCGGGGCUGCCGGUGCCCGGCUCCGAGCCCUUCCCGCGGGGGAAGCACAGCCAGGGCCCUGCCAUGGGCCGGACGCAUCUCCCCGGGGCUGCGCCGCGACCCUUAGCAGGGCAGCCCCUACCCGGCCCGCCGGAAGAAGAGGCGGUGCGGCUGUGGCUGCCUUCCCCUUCCGGCUCCCCCGCGCAGCCGCAGCCCGCGCCGCUGGGCCGGAGCGCUGGCCGGAGCCCCGCCGCGCUGCCAUGGCGCCGAGGCGGCGCCGGGGCCUGGCUGCAGCGGGCUCCCUGCUGCCGCUGCUCUGCGCGCUGCUCCGCGCCGCCGCCGACACCAGCACUGGCCGGGUGGAUGAAGAAGCCUCGAUGUGGAGUUCCAGAUCAUCCCCACCUACGCCAUAGCCGGAGGAAAAAGCGGUAUGCACUAACUGGACAAAAGUGGAGGCAGAAGCAUAUAACCUACAGUGUGCACAACUAUACCCCCAAGGUUGGAGAGAUUGAUACGAGGAGAGCCAUUCGUCAGGCAUUUGAUGUUUGGCAGAGAGUGACGCCGCUUACCUUCGAAGAGGUCCCUUACCAUGAAAUUAAAAAUGAUAGAAAGGAGGCAGAUAUUAUGAUAUUUUUUGCUUCUGGUUUCCAUGGAGACAGUUCUCCGUUUGAUGGAGAAGGUGGAUUCCUAGCUCACGCUUACUUUCCUGGACCAGGAAUAGGAGGAGAUACUCACUUCGAUUCAGAUGAGCCAUGGACCCUGGGAAAUUCUAAUCAUGAUGGGAACGAUCUCUUUCUGGUUGCAGUCCAUGAGCUGGGACACGCGCUGGGUCUGGAACACUCCAAUGAUCCCAGUGCUAUUAUGGCUCCUUUCUACCAGUACAUGGAAACACACAACUUCAAACUGCCCCAGGAUGACCUCCAAGGAAUUCAGAAAAUCUAUGGUCCUCCUGUUGAGCCCCUGGAGCCAACCAGGCCUUUACCGACUCUUCCUGUUCACAGAAUUCACUCCACUUCGGAAAGAAAACACGAGAGACAGCCAAGACCCCCUAGUCCUCCUCUGGGUGAUAGGCCAUCUCUUCCUGGCACGAAACCGAACAUCUGUGAUGGCAACUUUAAUACCGUGGCUCUCUUUAGAGGAGAAAUGUUUGUUUUCAAGGAUCGCUGGUUCUGGCGUCUGCGCAACAACCGAGUGCAGGAGGGAUAUCCCAUGCAAAUUGAGCAGUUCUGGAAAGGCCUCCCCGCAAAGAUUGAUGCAGCCUAUGAGCGGUCUGAUGGAAAAUUCGUUUUCUUCAAAGGAGAUAAAUACUGGGUUUUUAAAGAAGUGACAGCAGAGCCAGGCUACCCACACAGUCUGGUGGAGCUGGGGAGCUGUCUGCCCCGGGAAGGCAUCGACACGGCUCUGCGUUGGGAGCCAGUGGGCAAAACCUACUUCUUCAAAGGCGACAGGUACUGGAGGUUCAACGAGGACAAGAGAGCAACGGACCCAGGAUACCCAAAGCCCAUCACCGUGUGGAGAGGAAUCCCUCAGGCUCCACAGGGAGCUUUUAUCAGCAAAGAAGGCUUUUAUACCUACUUUUACAAAGGGAAGGAGUACUGGAAGUUUGAUAACCAGAGGCUGAGCGUGGAGCCAGGCUACCCCAGGUCAAUCCUCAAAGACUGGAUGGGCUGUAACCAGAAGGAUGUUGAACGAAGCAAAGACAGACGCCUCCCCCACGACGAUGUGGAUAUUAUGGUGACAAUAAACGAUGUGCCUAGCACUGUAAAUGCAAUCGCAGUUGUGAUCCCUUGCAUUUUGUCUCUGUGUAUCCUUGUCUUGGUAUACACGAUCUUCCAGUUUAAAAACAAAGAGGUGCAGCAAAAUGUUGUGUAUUACAAAAGACCUGUCCAGGAAUGGGUAUGACACAGCCCGCUGCACAUUUCAACUCAUUGAUCUGAUGAGGACUAUGGACAAAAAAAAAAAAAAAAAAGAAAAAAAAUGCAUUCAAAAGUCUACCAAACAAAACUACUUCAGUGACCUACAAGUUUUCAACAGCCUGGGACCGAAAGAAGCAGGAAAACUAGAAAAAAUACAGGCAGCCUUUCAGUGUGGAGCCUCUUUCCUUCUUACUGCCUCAGUCACGUGUCGGUCUUGGUGUGCCAUCCUCCACAGGCUCACUCUGCUAACAUCAGAGUCUUCAAGACAGGUUUCAACUGACCUAGGAAACUUCCUUCAGUUCCCUGCACCAAUGCUCCCUGUUAAACCCAGCAUUCUCCAGUGUAGCUAAACCACCUCUGAACAGAACCAUUUUUUUAAUAGCUGUCUCAUAAAUGAAUUAAGAUCAUGAAAUCUAUGAACAGGAACAAUUCAGUAUCAUAAGCAGAAGACAUUCUGAUGCUGAACCAUUCUAAAAGAUCUUCUUAGUUUAUUACAAAACCCAGGGAAUUACCUGGACGCAAUUUUCCAAUACCUGCUGGUCAGAUGUUUUGUACAUUCGUAACUAAUCAACGCUGCCACUCAGCACAGUGCAUGAGGAACCACUAAGCACUCAAAGAGGUAAAUGAGUGCAGAGCAGAAGCUCGAGAAGCACCAAACCAGACACCAUAAUGUUACCUGGUAACAUCAAGCCCUAGAUUGGGACAAUCUGAAGACAGAGUAAUUGGGUCUAAAAAAAAAAAAACCAGUCAUGGGAAUACAUGUUUUUGUUUUGGGAGCCAUUCAUGAAAGAAAUAUUUAAAUGUCACAUGAUCUUGUUUUAAGCUCCCAUCGGCGAGAAACGAUGAACCAAUGGUUACCGAUAUACUGAAAAAUAUGUAUAGACGUAGACUGCACUCUGCCCCUGUUAAGAUGCUGGGAAAAGAUGAAUUGUUGUUAUGUGGCAUGUAUAACUAGAUUGUGGAAUUUGUAUGUUGGGUUUCAGGAGAAUGGAAAUGUUUGUUUGGAGUGAGAUCGUCAUUAUAUUUUGCUGAAAUAGUCAAGAUAGAUACAGUAAGAAUUAGGCCUGUUCAUAAAACUAAAUCCAGUCCCUGUAGAUGUUACAAACACUGUAUGCCUUUGAAAUUUGUUUUUUUGUUUUUGCUCAUUUCUUCACAGGCAAAUAUUUGGCAAGGGCCAAAGGAAGCAUGCCACACAGUAGAAUGAAUUUGUCACUAGCCACAUUUGAGAGAGACAUAAAAAUCAGGUAAAGGCUAGAUAAAUAUCUGAAUUUUUGGCUAGUAAACGUUUCACAAGUCUCUUCCUCUAACAGUAGCUUCUGCUUAUCCCUCUUACAGAUGUGAAUGGUUUAGGAUGUUAUGUCCUAACCACAAACUUAGUCCAUUUUGUUGUUGAUGCUGAUAUUUCUAUUAUGUUAAAUAAGAGUGAAAGAAGAGUUUCUUGCAAUGCAAUGUAAUGGUGAAGUCCAGCCCUGUACAGAAGUGCCAUUCAUGUAAGCAUAUGAACUGCUUUGCACGCUCAAUAUAAGGAAUAGGUGAUUAGCGUAAGCCCUCUGCCUAUAACUGAAUUUUAUUCAGUGCAAUGGAAGUGCAAUGCACAGAAUGUCCAGUUAGUAUAGAAAAAGUACAGCUUUAUAAUGUCAGCUGUGGAAAAAAAAAAAAAAAUCCAAGGAUGACAAACAUGCUAAAAAUAUUUCUAAUUACAAUGAUGAGGAAUGAAGAAGCAGAAAGAUUGUUAGCAUUCUGAAUUUCUAACUAGUCCUCAAAUAUUGCUAUGGUGAAGCAGGAUAGACAAAUAGAUACUUCUAGUGCAGCCCACUCGGACUGCAUAACAUGUGGUCUCAAACUGUAUUUUGUCCUUCAUAAUUGAUUUCCAUAGCCAAGCUGUUUAUUGUGUUUAAACAUUAAAAAAAAAGUAUUACAAACAUAUUACAAAAUAAGUGAGAAGCUAGUAGAUGCAAAACUUUGAAUUUUAGUGAAAAAAUGUGAUAACGUCUCAUGAUGGGUGAAGGAGUGCAAAAGGACCAAAUGAAACCGGAGCUACUAAUUAGACAUCCCCCACACAUGCUACUCCGUACGUUGCUAUGUGUACUAUGUAUGUGGUAGAAUGCACACUAUGAACGCCACAGCCACAUGGCACAUUGAACUCAUCUGUACGCUGCCAUCUCUUCUGGGACUGUGACAGCCCAAACCUUUGAGCAACUUCCAACAGCCAUCAUUAAAAAAAAAAAAAUUAACAACCUAGAGAAAUGUCUAAUUUUGUUUGUAUUUUCUUUUUCUUCCCACCAAAAAGUAGAUUUUUUUUUUUGGGGCUGUUCAAAACGCUGUACAGGCAGCACAGUGCCGGGGUCUGUACAAA